GCCGAGCGGGCGGCACAGAUCCUGUUCGGCAACGUAACGACUUGGGGGCCACAGGCCGCCAACUUCUGUCACAACGCAGGCCUCAAGUACCACCUCAUAGCGCUGGCGGAGACCCACGUCGACGCGUGCGGCAUCACCGAGCAGAUUGGGAAGCUCGCCGUGGACGGCUGGAAGCUGUCGGCCACGCCCGCGGUGGCCACCGACAAAUCGGACAAGGGGACCCAUGGCGGCGAGUGGAUCCUCACGCGCAGGGACGUGGCGGCGACCACGUUCGAGGGCCACAGGGAGUACUACGUCAAGCGCUACAAGAGGCAGCCGUUCGUGGGCUCCACGCCGACAGUCCUCCACUCCAAGAGCGGCAACAUAGUCAUCAUAGCGGCGUGCCUGCGCCCUGGCCUACGGGGCCAAGGCGUGAACAGGGACAUCCUGGUCUCCAUAUCCACGUUUGUGGACAUGCUCAUGGACCCGUGGAUCAUCCUGGCCGACUGGAACUACGAGCCGCACUGGUGGGGCAACAAACCGUGGCUCACGCGAUGGAACGGCACUAUCCUCACCGACCCGAGCUGCGAGGCGACGUGCGACAAGGGCUCGGGCGCCGUGUACGACUACGCGAUCGCACGAGCGGACAUCGCCACGCACGUCGGGAUCGAGGCCAUCUACGACGUCCCUUGGAAGACCCACUGCGGCAUCAAGAUCACGGUGGGCACCGCCGAGCCGUGGCAGUACAAAGCUAUAACGGUUCCCAAAGCCCUCCCCGCACGAACCAGACCUAAGCAGGUCGCGGACCCGAGCAGCAAAAGGUCCAAGGCUCGUGCGGAGGCGCUGCGAACCAGGAGGGACAGGCUACCAGAGCACUUGCGCGACGAGUUCGACGCCCACUUUUUCGACCGCGAGCUGGCCAUGGUCAGCAACUUCCCGAAGUUCGUUGGCGCUAAGGUCGGCGCCAAGGAGGGCAGGGGGCGCAUCUUCCACAACCAUGCGUCGAUCCUCGCGGAGAACAUCAACUCGAAGUACGCGCAGUGGGUCGCGACCCUGGAGCUCGCCUUCCUGGAGACGCACGCGGUCCCCGCCGAGGACAGGGCCAAGUACCAGGGCAGGGCGGAGGGGUACAGGACCACCAAGCAGACGAUGAAGGCGUCGCCUGGCAGAGCGUACCUCAAGGACCUUGAGGCUACAUGGUGGCAGCACCUCAGUACCCUCGUGGUGAGGUACUCUGCGCUGGUCACCAACGGCAAGGACCCCAAAGCCCGCCAGCACAUCCACAAGACAGUCAUGAAGAAGCUGGACGACCUGGAGAACCCUGAGUUCUCCAAGGAGCUCUUCGGCAGCAAGACCGACCCGCAGGAGAUCGAAGAGUGGAAGACCCAGCUUGUAAACCUCGAGUACUGCGACGCGGCGGACCUGCACCACGUCAGCGCCACCACCAUCGAGUGGGCCCACAAAGCCAUGGCGAGAGCGGCAGGCAGAGCGCGGAAACGGUAUCUCGACUGGGCGAAACAGGCGUGGAAGGACUCACCAGGAAAGCUGCACCGCAUAGUCACCGACCCCAGGGCGCCGCGCCUGGAGGACAAGCAGCCUCAGAGAACGGUGGGCGACCCGUCCACGCUCAUGAACCACUCUGCCGGCACUUGGCGCUCCAUCUGGGCGUCCGACAGCUACAACGUCAAGCAGAUCAUCAGCGCGUACGAGAAGGCCAUGCGGCUCGCAAAGGAGGACCCCCUCCCGCUAAUCGAGCCGCAGCACAUACAGGCCAUUGUGCGCACCGCCAACCCGAAGAAG